AUGGCGGAUGAACCAACUCGAACUUGCGUUAAACAAACAGAAUGCCAUUUUUCUCGUAUCCCUGUCGAGAUUGUGGAGAAAAUCAUGUCUUAUUUGUCACCGUAUGGAGACUUUUUUGACGCUAAGUGUGUCUGUCGUCUGUGGUAUCGUUUGAUUGUAAGAAUUUGCAAGCAACGGUUACAAAAUUUUCAUUCCGCCGUGAGAACUGGUAAUUUGCGGAUUCGAACCUUGACUACAAAAUCAAGAAUAUCACCUUUACCUCGAUUCUCGCACGGCUGCUGUAUUAUAGGAGAAAAAAUGUACGUACACGGGGGUUGUUCGUCGUCAAAUACAGCUUUUAAUGAUCUUUAUUUCCUGGAUCUAAGAGAACAACGUUGGAUUAGGCCCAGAACAUCUGGUUCCCCUCCACCCCCUAAAGAAUGUGCCACCGCUGUGGUUUAUGACAACAGAGAUAUCGUGAUAUUCGGUGGCUGGUGUCAACCGAGCAGAACUGGAAUUAAUUCUGUGGCGAAAUUCUUUGAUGAUCUUUAUAUUUUCAAUAUUGUUAACUUGUCAUGGAGAAGUCCUGCGUUUAAUAGGGAUUUGCCGAGACCCUGCAAGAGAGCUGGACACGCUGCAUGUGUUUUGGGCCAUAAAAUGGUAGUGUUUGGAGGCGCUCAAAGAGAGCUAAGGUUAGGUUUGUUGAACAUCAGACAAAUUCUCCACUUUGGGAAACUACAUACAUGGAUAUGUUGUAGUUUUAUUUUACUUUAUUAGCAUACAUUACCAUACCCAAAAACAAAAAACAAAAAAUUACCUGAGAAAAAAAGUUACCUAUAACUUAUAUAUGAAUCCCUCAACAGUACAUAAUUUUAAGGGUGAGAUAAAUAUUUUUAAGAAAAUUCAGUUCCUGUUUGGGCAAGCUGUUGCUGAAGUUGCAGGGAGAGGGGAAGCUAAGUACCAUUUAUUUAUCCUUAACAUGCUUUCUUGAGGGGUCACUCCACUAGCCCAGAGCUCUUGGGAACACUUUUGCUGCACCAUGUUUUCUACCAAUAUGCAUGCAAAUCAGAAUGUGCGUACUAUCUUAGUUAUUUUAGAACAUGUAAAUGUGAAGAACCUUAAAUUUAUCCGGCUUUACUCAUGGAAAUCAUGUUGGCCAAUUAUGCUUGUUUCAUAAGUCUUUAUGAAAUGAAAAGCCUAAGAAAAGAAGAAGGGUUGUAUCCAACCAUUGUCAAUUUAAUCCUGGCUUAUUCACAACUCAGAUCUGGUAACUAAGUUUCAUCAUAAUUGAUUGGUUAAGAUGGUUUGCUCAGGGUAUAUUACCAUGAUGGUCCUAUACUUUGACUGAGAGCUUAAACCAUGUCUUUGAAUGUGUUAAACUGUGACUGUGGCCUCGGCAGGAUUUUAAAAUUAUCCAAAAAUUCAGUACAAAAAGAGAGAAAAAUGUGUUAAAAAAUGUUUCACUGAAAAAUGAGAUAGAGAUAGGUCAAUAAUAUAAUAGGCCACUUGCAAGUUAAGAAGUCACGUGACCAAUGCUUCCUUUAAACAAUGAGUUGGAAUCUUGCUGAUGCCAAAAAUUGACAGAGCACAUGGCUGCCAAAACUACUUUUUGCUUAUAUCUUGUUAAACUUUUGAUAGUUACGCUCAGAUGUGCUGUAAACAUUAUCACAUCAUCUUUUAAACAUUUUCCUUGAUGUUUAACUACAAAAUUUGUGUUCAGAAAGAGGUAAUUCAUAAUUUUCAAAAUCACAUUUUAGUUACUUGACCAGCUACAAACUUACUCAUUUUAAGAAAAUGGUGCUGGUUGAAAAACCAAAUCACUAUUAUUUUGUUUAAGAUAUGACCCACUAAUCGUUUUUCGAAAGCAAAAUCAUAUAACUUUCAUUUUCAUAAAAACAAUGUCACAUGACCUCUUAGUGCAAAUGGCCUAUUAUCUCCUAUGGCCACAUUAAGUGUUUUUGCUUGUCCAAAGGGAAAUUUGGAGAUUUUCUGUGACAAAUGACUGUUGCAGAUCAUACUUCCUCUUUGCCUGACUGUAAAGGACACUUGAAAGGCAUAUUUGGUCUGUGAUAUUCUGGCUUCCUUUUGAAAGUUGCUUGAAAUAUUGUUUCAGGUUCAAUGAUGUAUGGGUAUUGGACAUGAUAGAAAUGACUUGGAGUUGCCCCAACAUUAGAGGCAAGAAACCUUCUGGGAGAUUUGGUCAUUCUCAGGUAUUUGGAUUUUUUAGGUCUUACCCUUAAUUUUUGUUGUUUGCCAUUAUUUUGAUCUUUGCAAGUUGGUACAAAGGAUAUGGUGUCAUGUGUAAAUGUCAUAAUGUCUUGAAGUCAUUUUUUGUCAGUAUGUUACAUGUGUACAAAAUUUUAUUUGAAUUUAGAAAAUUAUGAUAACGAUGGAGUACAUUUCAUCCAACACUUCAUUUUCUCUCGCCUCUCAUAUUCAGAAAAAUUAAAGAAGCACCUUAGGUGCUAAUUUAGCAAUAAUUAACAUAGCUUAUUAUGUAUUAUGUUUUAGAUGGCAAUAGAUGAUCAUACAGUACUGAUACUUGGAGGAUGUGGUGGACCAAACUUGGUAAGCAUGAUCUCCUUAUUCCUUUAUCUUAGGGAAGCAAGGUUGGUACAGAGGUGUGAACAAUCACCUCCCACAAAUGUGGCCAGUGUUCUUCACAUCUCAGCAUCGAUGCCAUACAUGGGUUGGGUUCGUUUUUCGUUCUCUCCCUUGCUCUGAGAGGUUUUUCUCUCACCGGGUACUCUGGUUUUCCCAUCUUCUCUUCUUAUUCUCUCUUGUUAUUGUUACCAAUUAUCGGGAGGCUUGAAAAAUGGGGGUUGCAACUACAGUGUUUGACUCUAACAACAACAACAACAACAAAAUUUGCCCUAACAACAACAAGGAAAGUUAGCUUUGGUUUAAAUUAUUGGAGAAUUUCUAAAAACCAAGGGUUAGGAAAUGGGAAUUUUGCUGUGGGCAUGCACAUAUGUACUGACUUAAAAUUGGUCAAUUGCAUAAUUUGAUGACAGUCAAACCCUGCUUUAUGGACAUUUGCUUAAUAGGGACACCUCAGUAAUACAUUGUAUGUACAGUUUGCUUUGUCCCUGGGGAAAGAAAGCGCUUACGUUUUCUCUUAACUAAACCCGCUUAAUACGGACACCCCUUUUAAUACAAACUCUUUCUUUGGCCCUAUCAGUGUCUGAUUAACAGGGUUUGGUUGUACAUCAAAAAUCAAAUGUUGUAAAUUUAUUUUAGGUGGACAUGUAAGAUACAUGUAGCAUGAUUUCAUGUGGUGGGCCUAUUUUGAAUGGCACACUGUCCCUUGUAUAAUUUUUCAAUCCCCAAUAAGUUCAACAAAUGAAGACACUACUCUCUCUGUUGAAGUUGUUUGGAGAUGUGUGGAUCCUGGAUACAAAUGAUUGGAUCUGGCAGGAACUAGAAGUGAAGAACCGUCAAUGGGAAGCACCUCAACUGUGGUGCCAUCCAGCUGUCCGCAUCAAUGAUAUGAUUGUUGUGUUUAGUGUACCACGCAAUCAAGCACAUGUACUAACUCCUUCAUCUAAUGAACAAAAAGGAAUUGGACACCAGCGUCCAGGGCUAGAUGGCUUGCUGCCCAUGCAGAUAUUCAUACUAGACUGCAGUCAAAUCCGAUCUCAUUUCUCAUGUUCUUGGAAUCCUCCCCCCAUCACUCAGGGAUCCUCCCCUGCCACCUCACUGCAUUCUGUUGUGGUAGCCAGGGGUGAGAUUCUCAUUUUUGGUGGCAUGUUUGCAAGAUGGACAGAAUCGAGUCCAGAAACAAGUAGUAAUCUUGUAGCUAUUUCAUCAAACAUUUUAGAAUAAACAUUUUAUAAAAUCCCACAACAAAAAUAUCUGAACAUGUGCAUUAUCCGUACUUCAUCACUGCAUAAAGACUUCAAUGCAUCAGAGAGUAACAUACAUAUAUUUCAUUUUAUUAUAAGAUUAUAGGUAACAGGUUUGGCAGUCUCCGGGUCUAGUCCCUUGUUCAAAUCUGCAAAUACUGCUCCCCAACCCAGGGGUGGUGGUCAGGGCAGUGUAAAUCUGCUAUUGGAUUUAAAUUAGACCCCGUAUCUCAGCAUGUUGUGAUAACUUAUGCAGUCAAAUAUUUAAAGUAGAUGCAUAAACAGAAAGUUACUGAGUUGAGAUCCCAUUACAUUUUCCCCAAAGUGACUAAGAUGGGGUCUAUAUUUGGCCACA